AUGUCUCCAUCUUCCUCUUUUUCUUUUUUAUCCUUCAUUUUCUCUUACUUUGUCUUUUCUUCGUCCUUUCUUAUUUUUUUCUGUUUUUUUCUUCCUCCUCCAUCUUUUUCCUUCGCUUUCCCUUCUUUUUCUGCUGUUACUAUUCCUCCUUUGCUUUUCUUACUCUUUUUUUCUUCUAUUAUUGUUUCCUACUACUUCUUUUUCUCCUACGUUUACUCCGCCUCCACCUUUGCCGACUCGCCUCCUCCUUUUCUUUCUUUUCUACUACUACCGCUACUAGUAUUAUUUCUUUGUAGUUCCCUUUUACUUUAUCUUUAUCUGUUUUCAUCAUUCUGUCCUCCUCCCUUUACUUUUUCUACUUCUACUAUUCCCACUCCUCUCACUUCAUCGGGUUUUCUUUUGCUUCUAUGUUUACUCCUCCUCCUACAUCGUUUCCUCCGCCUUCCUUUCAUUUUAUACUUUUACUACUACAUCCUUUUCUAUCUCAUCUCUUUCUAUUUCGCCUUCUCUUCCUCUACCUUCGUUUUCUUCCUCUUUUUUAUUUUCUUCCUUUUCACUUCUUACUUUCUUUCUUUUCUGAAAUAUACUUAUUUUUUCUUCUUUCUUUUCAUCCUUUUUCUUCUUUAUUUUCUGUAUUCCCUUUCCGUUAUUCAAAUAUUUUUCUUUCCUUCAUUUUUUUUCCAUCGUUUUUCUUCCUCCUCUUCUCCGACUACUACUUUUUUUCCUGUUAUACAUGGUGUCCAUAAAUCUGUUCAUAUCUAUCUAUCUAUCUAUCUAUCUAUCUAUCUAUCUAUCUAUCUAUCUGUCAUUAUAUUCAUGUCAAUCUAUCUAUCUAUCUCAUUAUGUUCAUGCCAAUCUAUCUAUCUAUCUAUCUAUCUAUCUAUCUAUCACAGUCUGUUCAUAUCUAUCUAUAUUUUUUCCGACUGUUAA